AUGGCGGACAUCCUCCAAAAUCAAUCGGCGUUCGGCAACAGUGCUGAUCGCUCGCUCGAGAUCCUUCUCGCACCCUAUCUGACGUCUACAUCCGCCUCGCAGGCACGCCUCUCGGAGGCAGAACUCAUUCCGCGCGGGAAGACCUUCAAAAAGAACACCGAAGUAUUGAAAGGCUUCGAAAGGGAACUAACGCAUCUCAAAAAGCUGUCCCAUAUCCACAUUGUCGAAUUGAUUAGGAGCCAUGCCGACACCAAAUUCGUCGGUAUUCUGAUGCCCCCAGUGGCAGACUACAAUCUCAAGGAUUUCCUGAUGCGGCGGAAUCUGAUGCCAGGACAACGUUCUUUUCUGCGCACAUUUUUUGGAUGUCUGGUGGCAGCGCUGUGUUAUUUGCAUGAAAAUAAAAUCCGGCAUAAGGAUAUCAAGCCGCAGAACGUGCUUGUGAAGGGCCACCAGGUAUUCUUGACCGAUUUUGGUAUCUCAUUGGACUGGCCCGAACUGGAUCAAAGCACAACAACUGGGGUGACCACCAAAACUCCUCGGUACUGUGCCCCAGAGGUCGCGGGAUUUCAGCCUCGCACCUCUCUCUCGGAUAUGUGGUCGCUAGGCUGCGUUUUCCUGGAGAUCUGGACUGUUCUAAAACGAGAGACCCUGGACGCUCUCUCGGGCUAUCUCGAAAAGCAUGGGACACAGUCAACCUGUUACUGGUUGAAUUACGAAUCAUCACAUGAAUGGUGCACGCUGCUAGAGCGCAACGUUGACCACGACGACCACCCCCCAGCGGUAUGGAUACGCAGCCUGCUACAGCCGGAUCAAGAAGACAGGUGGACCGCACAGCAGCUGGUCAAUGGCAUCCAGCACACGAAUGAUCGCGCUGAUCUCAGAUUUGCCUUUGCUGGUACAUGUUGUGAUGGGGCGGAGGGAUCCUCAAGCUCGGGACGCUCUUCAAAAAGGUCUUCAGCUCUCCUGGAGGAGACGGGCGCUUCGUCCGUGGGCAUCUACGAUCCCAGCUCAGGCAAAGGCAAACAGGAAGAAGAUACUGAAGUUCCGACACAUCAUCUGCCAUCUUCGCUCACGAAACCACGCCCGAGCAUGGCUCCACCCGUUCAGGGAGCCAGGAACACUGGCGGUGAGCUCGCAGAGUCCUCAGUCUCUGGGUCGCUCCUAAGCCCUAAGCAGCAAGUCGAACGACUUUCGGAUCCGCGCGCUCAACCAAGUGCUCCCGCUGAGGAUCUUGUUCAGAAUGGAAGCGCUGCUGCAGUCUGCAAAGACGCUCGUGGCCACCAAGAGGGACAAUUCGUGAGUUCAUUCUGCUUCGUCUUAUCACAACGGGCGUGUCAAAAGAGGGAUACUAAUUUCAAUGGUUCAUCAGUUCGUUGCUAG